UUGAAUCGAGUUCAAAUCAGGUUCCCGCACCCAAAAGUGGGAAUCUUGACUCUUGCCAAUCCACAUGCAAAAAUAAAAAUACGGACUAUUUAAUUUUGAUAAUAAUAUUAAUUUUUAUACUUUUAACUACCAAACGUAUCAAAUCAACGUCUCAUCUUGGAUUAACCCGGCUUGUGUUCAAGGAGUUUAUUUGCGUCAAAAGAGAAUCGAAUCCCAGAAACGUUUAUUAUAAACGGGGCGAAAAUAGUGACCAGUUAAGCGAGAUGGACAUUACUGCGAUAUUUAAGUCAUGUUUGGAAACACUUCGGCAGACCAAUAAGGAAUUGUCAUGUAUCAGCCCACUGGACAAAAGCAAUUCUUCCAAUUCCAGUUCUAGAACCGUAAAGCCAAAAAUAUUCCCUGGGAAGAAAUCCGAAAACUUUUCCAAAGCUCGGGAACUUUCAGCGACCAUCACCAGUUUACGAGACUACCUUUACGACAAUCGAAAUGCGUAUUUGAAUAUUGCAGCUUCCCAGGCACACAGUAGUAACUCUUCUUCAGUAUUCACUGUUCCUCCAGGAAGUGGGAAGAAACCUAGAACUCCUACCAUGAGUGAUAUGGAUCGAGACCUGUUGGACAAUGACGUUCAAAAAAUUAUCCAUAACUGUCAAAAGAAGAUUUUAGAGUAUGAAAGUUUAAUAGAAAUGACAGACACCAUCAAGAACAAUGUGCAUGUUCGAACACACUUGGAAAGCAUUUCAGAGUCGUUAACCGCCUACUUGAAGCAAGUAACUACAGUAUUUUCAGAAAUGAGGGCUGUUAGAGUAAAAAGAACAGUAGACUACCAAAACAUGUCCAGGUUAAGUUCUUUGGGUAGUGCAAAUAAGGGAACAGAUUCAUUUAUUAAUAGAUCAUCUCACAAAGAGAGCGAACUACACGUAAGUAAUCAUCGCUCAAAGAAGCAAAAUUCUCUUGGAUCACAGACUGUUGAAGAAAUUGACGGGGUCAAGUCCCCCACAAUACCAGACUACUUUCUUGACGACGGUGAUAUACCUCCAGAAGAGCUUCAACUCCUCGAAGAGGAAAAUGCUGCCUUAUUAAAUGAACUGAAUAGUCUAGCCCAGGAAGUGGAUCAGAUUCAAAGUAACGUGGUUCAAAUCGCACAACUUCAAGAGAUAUUUACUGAAAAGGUGCUGCAGCAGGAGAAAGAAAUUGAUACUAUUGGCAGUGUGGUUGUAGGAGCAACCGAAAAUAUAAAAGGUGGAAAUGAACAGAUUAGGCAAGCUAUUCAGAAAAAUGCAGAUUUUAGAGUUUGGGUGCUAUUCUUUAUUCUGGUCAUGUCAUUUUCUUUGUUAUUUUUGGAUUGGUAUAACGAGUAAUUUUUCUGACUUUUGUAUUUUGCAGCAAUAAAUACAUGAAUAUAUUUUCCUCAUUUCUAA